AUGCCCCAGGAGCCCAUGCUGAGGGGGCUUUCAGGGGGCGCUUGCCCUGGUCCCGAGAGCGGGCUCCCCGCGUCCCCCGGGCCCCAGGUUUCCGCAGGGAUCCCGGGGGCGAAGCCCCUCGGGCCGCACACCUGUAUCCGCCGAGGCCAAAUCCCGACCUUUGCGGGCGACCCGCGGGGCCUGAUCUGGGCCUUGAGCCGGUUCUGGGACGCGGGGCCGGCGGGCGUGGGGCGCGGCUCGGGAGCCGGGGAGAGGAGACGAUGUCUGUACCCCGCGAGCGACGUGGCCUCGGGGCUCCGCGAGCCUCGAGCCAAGCGCCACGGUGACAGCUGCGUACCCAUAAUGCCCAGAGACACGUGCCCAGAGCGUGCAGCCAAUGAACGCGCAGAAACAGGGGAGUUUCGCGUGUGGACCAGAGCUUCGGGGCCGGACUUCCGGCACCCCUUUUAUUGGCACGGAAUGGAGGAUGAAGAGACACCUUUUGAGUAGAGUGUUUCUGUAGAGGUUUUGUCACAGGUCCGGACUCCAAAGGCAGGUCCAUCCACCCAGAAGACUCACCCUUGUGAGAAAUGUGUCCCAAUCCUGAAAGACAUUUUGCACCUGGCUGAUCUAUCUGGGCAGAAACUGUACGUAGAUGGAGCAUGUACAGACGUACACCGGCUUCAGGAGUGUCACAGCGCAGAGAAGAGGGAUGUGGGCAGGGCUUCAUUUAUAAAGAGCUGCAUACUCCAUGUGUUAGGGAAUCCCUUCACCUGGAGGAGGGUUGGAAAGGUUCCGGCCACAUUGGACUUUCUCCAGCACCAGGUCAUUCUUAACUGUGAGAAGCCAAACAAAAUCACCACGUGUGGGGAGGCCUUUCCUGGUAGAGAAGGUCAUUACAAAUCACAUGAAUGUCAGAAAGUCUCCAGUCACAAACACAGUCUUGUUCACCACCCAAGAAUCUACACUGGAGAAAGGCCUUACGAGUGCAGUGAGUGUGGAAAAUCUUUUAGGCUAAGAGCCACCCUCAUUAUACACCAGAGAGUUCACACUGGAGAAAAGCCAUGUAAGUGUAAUGAAUGUGGGAAAUCCUUUAGUCAGUGCUCCAACCUUACUGAACACUGCAGAAUCCACAGCAGAGAAAGGCCUUUUGAGUGUGAGGAAUGUGGGAAAGCCUUUGGGUACAAAUCCAAUCGUGUAAGGCACCAGAGAACGCACACUGGAUAAAAGCCUUAUGAGUGCAGUGAAUGUGGGAAAUUCUUCAGACAAAGCUUCACCCUUGUUCAACACCAGAGAAUUCACACCACAGCAAGCCGUUAUGAGUGUGUUCAGUGUGGGAAAUCCUUUAGCCAAAGAGCUGCCCUCACUAGACACCAGAGAGUUCACACCACAAGGCCUUUUGAGUGUGACCAGUGUGGGAAACGCUUUAGCAGAAGAGCUGUUUUCACUAAACACCAAAGAAUUCACACUGGAGAAAUGCCUCAUACGUGUCAUGAAUGUGGGAAAUCCUUUAGUCGAAGCACCAGCCGUAUUCAGCACCGCAACAUUCACACAGGAGCAAGGCCUUAUGAGUGUGGCCAAUGUGGAAAAUCCUUCAGGUAAAAAUCUGUUCUCAUUCAGCACCGAGUAGUUCACACCAGAGAAAGCCCUUACGAAUGCAGCAAUUGGGGUUUUGCCCCAUUUAGCCACCGUUCUAGCCUCAAUCUCCACCAAAAAUUUCACAGUAUAGAGAGGGCCCAUGAAGGCGCUCACUUUGACCAAGAGUAG